UUAAAGAGCGUGAUUACAACAAAUAUUCUUUUUUUUUCAAAUGCCGCUGUGUUUUUAUAUUGCGUUUUAUCAUUGCGAUUUAUUUGCUACAAAUGCUGUAAUAUCAAGAUUGUUCUGCAAAAAUGGUCUUCUCACCGACGCCAUAACCUUCAUGCUUGAAACCUCAUAACAAAUUGAUCUGUUAAUAAUAAUGUUUUGUAAUUUAUGCAAGGUGACUUGCAUAGAAAUAACAAAAUAUCUUCAUUUCACUAUAUGUGUAGGUUCACUGUAAAUAUCUGGAAAAAAUCUUUUUCACUUUUUAAUGCUAAUUUAUUGGCUGGUGUUUGUGUAAUUGUCGCUUUUGCUAACUUACUUUAUAUCCGGUACAUAGUAAAACUGAUUCUGCAGCUUUCUUGGUGUGAAUUGAAAAGUUAUUGGAUAAUCUCCAAUUGACUGUUAUAGGUGAAAUUGAAUUUUUAUUCUACACUUAAUAGUGAAUUAUAGACCUAUAACUCAUGACGAUGUAUUUUUUCCGUCUCCAAUAAGAAACUGGGAAACACAAAUUAAACAGUGAAGGACUGAUCAUUCAAGGCAAAGCAGCCCUUAAUCUAAGAAUUAAAAAGUGAAAAGUUACGUUAUUUACAGUAACAAAAAUUAAUAUUUUAAUGUCAUCUAAAAUGUGGUUUUUACUUGUUUGCUGAUACUUUACUCUGCGCCUUCAUAAUACACUACCCUAUAAAAUCUGUAAGCUAUCUCAUGCAAAAUAUUGACAGCAUCCGCAAGAGUGUCGGCGGCGUCUCGCUAGAGUCAUGUGACUUUAUUUGAACUGUUUUCCCUAAGAGUUUAGACCGUUGUUUCCUUUUAACAGGCAUUGUUUUCAAGCACUAAGGGUCGUAUUGCGUUUCCUUCGCUUUGUCACCUUUGGUACGGCGAUUCCCACGGACUCUGAAACUAAUAAACGUCCCGAAUAACCUUCACGGGCUGUAUGAGUGAACGGCGGAGUCGGCUUCGACUGCUUUUUCACACUUUCCUGAGACUAAUAACCUUUCAUUUUGUUGGAUGCUCACCACUUAGAAGGAUUUUAAUUAAAAAACAAAACAGUGUUUCAAAGCAAAUCUUAUAGUCUGGUCAAAUGAUUUGACGAGAAUGUUUUUAGCUUUUGUUUUGAACAAUUAUUGGUCUAUACAUUUUAAGCUCAGAUUUGAUGGCCUAAUGAAUAGAUUAUAAAUGUAAGAAAAUCAUUAUGAAUCAUUGAGAGAACAAUUUUCGUUUGCAAUAUGAAUAGAAACGGAUUUAGGCCUAUUUGUUAUCUAAUUUGAUCUGUUUAUGAAACAAUACAUAAGGACAUUUUGAGGCCAUACGAAAUAAAUAUGUCCACAUUUGGGAGAUCUUGUUGCAGGUGUCGCUUUGAUAUAGGUGUAAAUAUUUACGGAUUUAAGUAAAGUAGCUCUAUUCAAAUUUGCAGUUGGCAAUUGACUUCGAACGCUACUUGCCAUCUCGACUGAUAUGGCCGCAUCCAGCCAAUCGGGGACAGGAAAGUCCACAUCAAAGGGAAGUCCAGCCAAUCAGAUUUCCCCCUAAGUGUUAAACGGUGUCAUAAGCAAAACUGGAGACUAUUAAAUUGGAACUAAUCUGGGUGAUGGGUUAAAGUGGAAAUCUUCAUAUCGUUGUUGCCUCCUCUUCUGUGUUGGAAUACACUGACACUCUUAAAAGGAUAUAUUGUAGGACUAAGGACUAUUGUAGGUCUAUUUAAACCAAGUAUAUAUAACUUCUUCCAAAGUCCUGGAGAUUUUGGACAGAAUGGCAUCAAGUGAUUGCUCGGGAAAAGCUGUUCAGUACAGAGUCGACCAUCUACUGAGCGCCGUGGAAAACGAGUUACAGGCGGGAAGCGAAAAGGGGGACCCCACAGAAAGAGAACUCAAAGUCAGCUUGGAUGAAAACGAGUUGUGGCAGAAAUUUAAGGAACUCAUCAAUGAGAUGAUAGUAACCAAGAAUGGGAGGCGAAUGUUCCCAGUGCUGAAGGUAAACGUAUCCGGCCUGGACCCGAACGCCAUGUACUCAUUUCUGCUGGACUUCGUGGCUGCUGACAAUCACAGGUGGAAGUACGUGAACGGAGAGUGGGUUCCCGGCGGCAAACCCGAGCCUCAGGCGCCCAGCUGCGUGUAUAUCCAUCCAGACUCUCCAAACUUCGGUGCGCAUUGGAUGAAAGCUCCCGUCUCCUUCAGUAAAGUCAAACUAACCAAUAAACUCAACGGAGGCGGACAGAUUAUGUUAAACUCCUUGCACAAGUACGAGCCCCGGAUCCACAUCGUGCGCGUCGGUGGACCGCAGAGAAUGAUCACCAGUCAUUCGUUUCCUGAAACGCAGUUUAUUGCAGUCACAGCGUAUCAGAAUGAAGAGAUCACAGCGCUCAAAAUUAAGUACAACCCGUUCGCGAAGGCUUUUCUGGAUGCCAAAGAAAGAAGUGAUCAUAAGGAAAUCAUCGACGAUGUUGGGGAUAAUCAGCAGGGAGGUUAUUCCCAAUUAGGCAGCUGGUUCAUCCCAGGCUCAGGGUCUCUCUGCUCUUCAUCAAACCCACACCCCCAGUUUGGGAGCACCCUCUCCCUCUCCUCCCCCCACGGCUGUGACCGUUACUCCUCCUUGAGGAGUAACCGCUCCGCACCCUAUCCCAGCCCCUAUACCCACAGGAGUGCAUCACCCACUGCUUAUUCAGACAGCUCGUCUACCUGUCUGUCCAUGUUGCCGUCCCAUGACAACUGGUCCAGCCUACAGGUGCCGUCCCAUUCCGGCAUGUUACCCAUGAGUCAUAGCGGCACCUCCGGGAGCAGCUCCAGCCAGUAUCCCAGUUUGUGGUCAAUGAGCUCCUCCUCGCUCACCCCAGUCUCCCAGUCCAGUGGAAUGUCCAACAGCUUGGGCUCUCAGUUCCUGCGCAGCUCCACAACUCAUUACCCAGGGCUCUCGCACCCGGCCACAGUGCCCCUCUCAGGCUCCCCGCUGUAUGACAGCACUGCCCCAUCGGAAGUUCACGAAGCCUCACAGUACGACGCCUCUCCCCACGCGCGCUUAGCCACCACCUGGACUCCCAUCACUCCUCCUUCCCUGUAGGGCGGCGCACUUCCAUUAUUAUUGCAGUUUCUAUUGUCGCUCUGUUGCUUUUCCUGGUGCUGGACUUUUGACAGAUAAAUACAGCAUUAUUUGUUGCAUUCAGUGACAAAAGCAAGACAAAUCAUAUUCACAGGUAUAAAAAAUCCAUGUUUAUAUUACAUGCUUACUCUGUGGAGUAUCGUUGAACCAGCAAAAUUUAUGUUCUGUGUAAGAGAAUAUUAAAGAAGAGUAAUUCUAUUUUAUAUUUUUAUGGAAUGAUGUCCAGCAAGUUAAAUUUAAUUCUGUUGCCUCUUAUUAAUUUUGUUGUCAUUUUAUUUUACAAUCACACUUAUAAAGUGAAAUAAUCAAGUCUUGGGAAUAAUAUGUCAGACUAUUUAUACUUUGUGUUUCAUAGCACAACACCUCCUAGUGCUAAUUGUAAAUAUUUCUCUUUGCCUUGUCCAUAUUGUAAAUAUAAAUAUCAUUUUGUUAAUUUUAUUUGUACCUUCUUUGACUUUCAUUGUAAAUCGAUGGUCUUCGAAUUCGUGCACAUUGGAGAAGAUUGCUGUCGGUCUGCCCACCGUGAUAUUGAGGCAAACAUUAAAUGGUUUUGUAACA